CUUUUUUUUAAUUUGACCAUUAUUAUUUAACAUGCAUCAUGCAAAGCGGUAGCCGUUAAUGAAUAUAUAUCAACACGAUUAUCACAAUGUUGAUGUACUAGAAAAGCUUUAUCAUGUACAACUGUAUGCGAUAGACUAUCGUCAGAUUGUUAUACCAAGUGAAAUGUAUGGGCAAACGUGUAUGUUUGUUAUCUAUUUAUGUAUAAAAAGAAUUAUAAUCACAUGCAUGUAUACAGUUAAUAAAUUGUCUACAAAUGAGUUUGUUUUACUAGCGAAAAAGGUGGAUUAAUUUAUUUAGAUUCAAAUUAAUAAAUUGGCAAAAGGAAAUAUGGUAUAUGUCACUCAAGUGGAACCAGUACAAAAUAGAUGCAUUGAAAAAUAAUGCUUUAACAAAAAACUUCUGAUAAAAUCCCCAUCAGAUACAUAAGUGCCAAUACAAAGAAAUAGUGAAAUGCAGGAGUCGGAAAAAGUUAUUAACGAGACCAGGAAGGACGCAUAUGACGGAUAUGAAUCGGAGCCAUUAUUACCAGCAUUCAGAGAGGCGACGACAGGCCCUACAUCUAAAACUCGCUGGUACGUCCUGAGUAUGGUUUCCAUGGCAACUAUCGUCAACAACUUCUUGUGGUCCUCGUGGGGUUCUAUAUCUCAAUCAACGCAGCUGGCGUACGGUUGGAGUGAAGAAACGCUUUUCUGGGUAACAAAUGUUGGAAACAUCACCGGAUUUAUCUUCGCUCUGCUUGGAGUUUAUUUAGUGGACAUAAAAGGUGUUCGAACGUCAAUGCUUGUCUGCAACGGGGCCAUGUUCCUGACCGCCGCCACACGAGUCAUCACCAUGCAACAUGCCUGGGCAACGGUUCUGCUUGCUAUCGGCCAAGGGAUUAAUGGCCUUGCUACGACUGUUACCAUGUCAAUGCCGGCUGCAGUCUCCAACACGUGGUUCGGACUAUCAGAGAGAACGACAGCUACAGCCGUACCGGUUCUGUCAGCAGCUAUGGGCGGCGCGGCGGCUCUUCUUGGUCCAUUGACAGUUGACAUGCCACAAAUGAACAACUCCAUCAUUAUGGCUAAUCAGACAGAUCUGGCUGGAAUUCAACAGCAAAUGCGGCAUUUUAAUUACGAGACAUGUGGCGUUACGGUUCUGCUGCUUUUUUGUUCAGUGGUUUACCUCCCCAGUAAACCAGAAAAGGCUCCGAGCAGAACGGCACAUUCGGAACGGUUCGGCUUUACAGCAGGGAUUCGGCACAUUUUCAAAAAUCCUUCGAUGUGGCUUAUUGCGGCCAUGUUUGCUUUGCCGAUUGGUUUCUUUGGCAACUGGCUUUCCUUCUUGGACGUCAUUCUCAACCCGUUUGGAAUUGCACAGGCGGAGGUUGGAUGGAUAAGCUUCUAUGGAAGCAUAUGCGGCGUAGCUGGUGGCAUCCUGCUUGGACGGUUUGCAGAUAUGUACAAAAAGAAGAUGAAGUGGAUAUUGAUAGUUCUAAACAUUAUAGUGAUAGCGGACUUUGGUUGGUUCAGCUGUAUGUGUGUAAACUUACUGCCGUAUUCGAAAGCGGCCAUCUAUGUGUCUGUGAUAGCAGGUGCAGCUAUUGUCGGCGCAGCGGGACCACUGUACCUAGAGCUGGGAUGCGAGACGGCAUAUCCGGUGGGAGAGGGCAUGGUCGCGGGCUUCCUCGGCAUGGUGAUCAACUUCGGGUCGGCAGUGUUUCUCUUCGUAGACCAGGCAUACGCGCAAGACACUGGCUGGACUAACUGGGCUUUGGUCGGCGUUUAUACGGCAGCUGUUCCAAUCCUGAUUUUGUUCCGAGAGAAAUACACAAGAGUAGAUAUUGACAUCGAGGCCACUGAUGGUGACGGUUGACCUGUUUGCAACGGUGUACUAUUUGGACAGUUUAAUAGGAUAAAAUAAUAAAUCGCUAAGUUGAACGCAAUUUUUUUUGCUCGUAACUUUAGAUGGACAUUUCUCUGAUAAUAUGCACUGAGGUCGGCAUAAUACUCGACUUGAAAUGUUAUAAAAUUUGAACACACGAUCAAUAAAACAUGUAAAACAAGAAAAAAAUAUUAUUAACACAACAGGCCUUUUCAUAUUUUUCAUAUUUGUAACUCAUAUUAUAUGAAUUCAUGAAAAUGCGCUGUAAAAAAUUGCAAAUAAAUUAUAGUUCAUAAAUCCCAGCAAAGACCCACUCGACACGAAAUAUGCGCUACAUAUCAUUAAAAGAAACUGUCAACUUUUGACAUAUGUGACCAAAUUAAUUAAAUAUAAAAGAUUACUAUAUAUAAGCAUUUUUAUAUCAUUGUGUAUGUUUUUUUUCUACUGACAUGAUUCACCUAAAACUUGACUUUUGCACAAACGGUUUUACAAAAUGACUUAAUUUGGCAAAUGACCUUUGAAAUUACAAUGUUUACACUAAUUGCAUUUGAAUCGUCUGCUGUUUCGUGAAAAAUUAAGAAAUUGUAGACACAUUUAUAUGAAUUUAUACAUAAAUUUCCCAUUCGACGUACACUUUGUAUAUAAGAUAAAUUUGCCGAGUUGUGAAUAAAACUUGUUGUUUGUGAUAAAUUUCAAUGGCGUUUGCAUGGGUGUAAAUAAAAAGUGUUGUUUGGGUA